AGACAAAAUUGAUUUAAUUCUCUCUUAUUUAAGAGCUCAAAUCAGAAAAUAAAGCUGUAGAAAUUGAAAUCAACAACAAAUAAAUUUUUGGUUGAAACUUUGUGGCGCCAUUUGUUUCCACCUACUAAUCUUUCAAAAAAAUCAAAUCUUUUCCUCCUCUCGCUAAAUUUCUACUACUCCACAAAGCUUGUUAAAAAGGAAGAUUUAUGGAGGUAGACAGAGAGAGCGCGGAUUCCGGCUCGCUAAGCGGAAAUCCUGGCUUUGAUUCGCCACCGCUGAGUGGUGGCGAUUAUGCCGCUCACGGCGGAGUUGGUGGUCCCGGCGCCGGCGGCGGUGGAAUGGUUUCUGAGGUGGUGGUAAGUAUGGAGAAGAGCGCGGCGGCGGUGGAGAUGGGCGUAGUGGUGAUUGAUGGUGGUGGAAAUAGCGAUUUAGCGACGGUGAAGAAGAAGAGAGGGAGGCCUAGAAAGUAUGAUGCCGAUGGCAACUUGAAUCCGGCGUAUAUUAAAUCCCCGACGGUGAUGCAGGCCGCCGCCGGCUUUACUAUAUCAACGCCAAGGUCGUAUGACAACUCCUCCGCCUCCAAAAAAGGCCGCGGUAAACAUUCAGCUACCGGAAACUGGCAAAUUUAUGCUUCUUUAGGUGAAUUGUUUGCAAACACAGCAGGAGGGGAUUUUACGCCGCAUGUUGUGACUGCACAUACAGGAGAGGAUGUUGCUGGGAAGAUACUCACCUUUGCUCAGAAGGGUGACAGAGGGGUCUGUGUUCUUUCUGCUAAUGGAUCUGUCUCCAAUGUUACGCUUCGUCAGCCUGGUAUGUCGGGCGGGCUACUCACAUACGAGGGGCGUUUUGAGAUUUUAACUCUAAGGGGAUCAUACACGGUUUCUGAUAAUGGUGGAAUGAAAAGCCGAUCUGGUGGAUUAACCGUUUCACUAGCCAGCCCUGAUGGUCGCGUAAUAGGUGGUGGCAUUGCCGGUCUGCUCAUGGCAGCUAGUCCAAUCCAGAUUGUAGUUGGGAGCUUUGUGCCAAAUGGUUUCAAGAUGCAGAAACAAAAGCAGCAGUGCGAGCCAAGAGUUGCUCCUUCAGUCCAGUUCCCUCUGUCCACCACAGUGACUGCAGCGACUCCAAUAUCACAGGCUCCACCACAGACGAACGUCUUUCCCAACCCGGCACCACAGUACCUGGGAGAGCCCGACAACAGCUUUUGCAAUAAAGAGCAUCCAAAUUCCGCAUCCACUGAUAACAACACUGCUGAUUGGAAUGGCUCUGAUCACAGAGUUUUGUACCCUGACAUUAACAUUUCCGUAUCUGUCGAGGAGCAUUGAUCAAAGGUAGUCACUGUUUUAGUUGGUGUUUCGGAUCCGGUUAGCUCUAGCAUCAUAUAUUCUUAGUCAUUGCUAGAAAUCACCAGAUGUUUUUUUCUCUUUACUUUUUUGUUCAUGACUCUGUUUCUCUUUGAAAUUAUGUUUACUUGAUUAUCUCAGCUUAUAAGUCUAAUCUUUGGAA